UUUGUGCUAAAGCUGCACUUCCUCUUCAGGGACAUUUUGGGCUAAACUCUUGCACGGACUCGAACGGAGGCGGCGAUGUCUUUGGGCUCGGCGAGCCUGCAGGCGCAGGUGGAGUCUGUGCUGGGCGCGCUGGUCAAAGCGGCGGCGCUGGAGCUGGUGAAGCUGUUCGAGAGCAGAACCGGAGCCUCGGCGGAGGAUGCGGGCCACGGGGAGGACAACAGGGAAAACAACAAGGAAAACAACAAGGAAAAGCAAGCACUGGAUACGCUGGACGCUCCGUGCAUCGGAGACACGAAGCGCAGCAUCGGUGUGCAAGUGGAGGAGGACUUCAGUCUGCUGCUGGAGCUCUCUGAUACCCCUCUCCUUUCAGAUGAAAGCUGCCUGGGGGAGCCCAAAGAGAUGGUGGUGGAAGGGUGUCUGAUUUCAUUAGAAGACCUCCUCCCUGAACACAAUGGCCGAGAGUGGUCGCCCCUGAAGGAUCAGAUCAUGGCGGAAGCUGUUGAUAUGGUGGAGUCAAGUGUCCUUGAAGCAGAGUCUCCAGCUGAUAACGAUGUCAAAACAGAAGUUGUUUUGCAUGAGUUAGGACAGACGUCACAGGGUGGAUCUACGCCGAGUACGCCUGCUGACCAGAAGCCCAUCGUGAUUCAAGCAGACACAACUGAUGCUUCAGAGUUGAAGGUGAAGUUUGUUUGUCCGUUAAUUCUGUGGCCAGAUUCUACAGCUCCCAAACCUGAGGAUUCAGAAAAGCCCAUUCAAGCGGAGCCUCAGCAAGCGUGCGUCAGCACCGCCAAGGGCACGGCCUACAGCCCGUCCUCAUCCGAUGGAACUGUAACCCCCACCCGGGACGGGGUCUGGGAAAGGAUCCCCUCUCCAAAAGAUACUCACAACCACCUCCAGAUGAAACUGAAACUGGCGUCUCAGGAUCAGAAGCUGCUGCACCCCUGUGCGGUGCAGCUCGUAAACGUGCUCACGCUGCCCGAGUCUGAGCUGAAGACUCGAAGCGACGCUGGAAACACUCACACCGCCAAGCACAAGUCAGGCUGGCCUCUACCCAAAGACCUCCGUCGCCAUCAAGGUGCUCACACGGGCCACCGACUCUGCUGCUUCACCCAGUGUGAAAACGGCAUCUGGCGUCUCCAGAACAUCGUCACCCACUGCCGUGACGGAUACAUUUGCAACAUCUGUGGGAAAGCAUUCAAGCACAGGAAAAUCCUCCGGCGUCACGAGCGCUUCCACACCGGAGAGAGGCCGUACUGUUGCGAGUUGUGCCCCAAGACAUUCGCCCUGAGAAAGAACCUCCGCCGUCACGAGCGCUUUCACACGGGGGAGCGGCCGCACACCUGCUCGCAGUGCGGCAAGAGCUUCCGACUGCGAGACAACCUGAAAGCACACUUGAGGUUUCACUCCGGAGAGAAGCCUUUCAGCUGUGACAAGUGCGGUAAGCUGUUCAGGAUCAUGAGGAAUCUGGAGAGUCACCAACUGAGCCAAUGCGAAUUCUUCAUCCCGUCAUUUAGAACGAUCGCUGGCUUGUAACAUUUUACAAGUCAUUUUUUUAUGUUUUGUUUUUUUUUUAACACUGGCAAGUUGCAGUGCUUGCAAUGUUGUCUACCUCAGACGGACUGAAAACACUGACAGACAGAUGUUCUGCAAAGAUCACAUAAAAGCUUUUAACUGCGAGUUUGAUUGGAGAUAUUUUCUCAGAGACCCAUCCUGCUGAUCUUAUUUGUUUGUCUGCUUGUUUUAAAGAGUGGUGAGUGAAUGUGUACACUCACCAUUUUUUGUAUAUGUUCACACUUUUAUCAGGUAAACGGGGUGUACCUGAUAAAGUGCGCAGCUUCUCCACAUCUCUUUGAAAGUGCAAGACGUGUGCAUGUGUGAAAACAGGAAGAAAACAUGAUCUCUCUGCAGGAAAAAAAUCUUCCAACCAGACAGUUUUCAGCAAGUACAUGCUGAAGUACUGUGGUGCUCCUGGGAGUAGUGUGUUUCUGGUGGAUUGUGUUAUAUUUCACAGCGUGUGAAAGAUGCCAGCUUUCUUUCUUUUUUCCGAAUGUAUAAAUGUAUCUUUUAUUAAGAUUGUUUUGCUAUUUUUGUGUUGUUAUGAAGAACUAAACACAUUUUCUCAUGCUGUAAACCUCUAAAAAUAGCCGUGGUGACGAUUAGAGGAAAAUGGUUUUGAUUCUAUACAUUCAGGUAUAUUUUAAAAACCAAACUAUGAAAACGUAUGACCUGUUUUUAUUCUAAGGGUUUAUGAGACAGAACAUAAGAAAAUGAUGUUCUGUCUCUUGCCAGGUCUGAAAUGGGGGUGAACAACAAUGUAUGAUGUAUUACAUUGUCAUUUACUUACACUAAAAAGCAGAAACGGUGUGGAGAGAUCAAUCAAUAUAGAACCAAGCACCUUUAGCAGCAAUAAGCUGAAAUACUCAUUGUUUCUCUGACAUUUUCUGUCUCUCACAUAGUUGUGAAGGUUUUUUUUUAUCCCUUUCUUUGUAACGAUGCUUUAGUUUGUUGAGGCUUUCAUGUUUCCUCAGCUCAAAGUACCACCGUGGCAUUUCCAUCAGCUUGAAGUUUGGCCUUUCAACGGACCAUUGCAGCGCCUUCUUUGAGCCAGUUUUUCAUAGAUUUGUUGGUGUGUUUGGGAUUGUUGAUCUGCUGUAUUACUCUGGAUGCAGGGUGCCCAGGUCCUGUGGGUGUGAAACAAUCCCAAAUUAUCACAGCUCCUCCGUUCUGAUUAACAUUUGGUAUGAGGUUGUCUGCAUCCAUAUGAUGUAUUUGGUUUUCAUCAAACAUUGUACCGAGCAUUAGAGCUACUUUAAUCUUGUCUGUUCAAAGGACCAUUGCUCCAUAAAUCUUGUUUUCUUUAUUUAGACACAACUUUUCAAAGUCUCAAUGUUAUUUUUGGAGGGAACAGGCUUUCUGAAAACCAUACUUGUUCAGUGUUUUAUACGUUGUGCUAUCAUUCAACAUUUAACAUGUUUCUCACACUUGAUCAGUUGAUCAAAUACAUUCCACUAGUUUUUACUGUAUAUUUGUUUUAUAAUGUUCAACGUCUUUUUUUAAGGAACUGUUUUGGAAGGGACUGAAUUGAUAUAUUUUGU